AUGGCAGAGAUGAAGAUAUAUGCAUACUGCACAAUAACCAUGUUGCUUAUGGUGUUUAUCAGCACAAAUGCUCGGCAAGCAGACAGGUCCUGCAUAAACGAGCUUGUUCCUUGCCUUAACUAUCUCAACGGGACGAGGGAUCCUCAGGAUGAUUGCUGUGAUCCCCUGAAAUCGGUGAUCAAGUCGAAUCCAGAAUGCCUGUGUAGUUUGAUAACCAACAAGGGGACUAAGCAAGCACAGGAGGCUGGCAUUGAUGUUAAUGAAGCCCAGCAAUUGCCUGCUAGAUGUGGCCAGCAUGUCAAUCCCAUUUCCUGCCUUACUGAUUCAGGUUCUGUGCAUGGUCAAGUUCCACAUACUACAUUAAUGUCUAUACAAGUAUUUCAUCGUGGAUCUGCUGACUCGAAAAAGUCGGAUGAAAGUUCAGCGUCUCGAAACGGAAGGAUGGUGUUUUUUGUUGCAGCUUGGGCCAUCAUUAUUCAAGUUUUAUGGAUUUCUUCAUGA